CAUUGGAAUCACUUGCAGGGCAUGUGGCUGGGCCUCACCCCUGGAGUUUCAGAUUCAGUAGAUUUGGGGUGGGACCUGGGAAUCUGCAUUUCUAACAAGUUCCCAGGUCAUGCUGAUGCUGCUGGUCUGGGGUUCACACUUUGCAAACACUGCUUUAGAGAACUUGAGUGUUUAUCACCCCCCUCACCCUCCACUUCCCACCCCCAAUUAGAGGCCAUGCCCCAAAACUUGAGAUGCAGCCUGGGCAGGCAAGCCCUUCCCAUUCCUGCAUCUCUCUGCCAGAAAUCUGGAGCAGCAUCUGUGGUGACUGCCUGGCUAGCAGCACCUUAGACUCAAAGCAUACCACAUUCCAGAGAACUGGUGAAGGCUGCCCGCAGGGCAAGGAACCAAUCACUUUCCCAUCUCCCCUGACACGUGUGAGCCAGUUAUGGUCCUGAGGUCCCUGAAAACAACAUGACAUCCUUUCUCCAAGAUCCAUAUCCUAGUGCCUCAGAGCACCUAUAUCAGAAUCACCUAUGGGGUUUAGAUUCAUGGGGCCACCCUCAGUAAUCCUGGGAGUCAGACAGUAAAUCUGCAUUUUAAUAAGUUCACAACAUCAGUGGUUCUCCAGCUGUGGUCCUUGGACCAGCAACAUCAUCACCACCCAGCAUCUUGUUAGAAAUGCAGAUUCAGGGAUAGGACCCCAGACCUACUGAAUCUGAACCUCUGGCGUUGGGCCCAGUUACUUGUGUUUAAACACACCUUCUAGGUGAUUCUGUUGCACCCUCAAGGUUGAGGACAACUUGCUUAAAAUUCUCUGCCUCCUCAAGUUUAAGAUCUCCGGAUUUGGGUCAUUUUCCACUUCAGGUUCUAGAUUCCUUUCCUACCUAUAAAUGCCAGAAACACCCACAAGAAGCAAAGCAGCCCCACUCCCCACCCCAGGCCUCCCUAUAGGACAUUUGUAUCUAACAGGAGAGCUUGAGAGUGAACCCUUGUUGAAUUUGGUCACCUAGAUGAGGGCCUGUCCAGAUUUAUUUGGCCAGCAGUGGUCCCUGAGGAGGUCGACCUGGCACUCUCUGGAGCCCAGCCCCCCAGCCCCGUGGCUGGGUAACCUCCGGGAGAGGUGAGGUCCUGGGCCGGCUUUUCGGAAGGUACUUGGCUGGCGUCCCGCCCCGCGUUGCUGCGUAAACACACGGUUCCCUCGGCAACGCCUGGAACGCACGUCAAGGGCUCCGCAGGGUCCGGGGCAACUGCCACCCCUCCGGCCGAGCCCCAUUCCGGGCAGAUGCCUCUAGCCCCGGCCCCGAGCCACCUCGGGCUUGCGGCAUGAGCAGACCUGCAGCCGCCGCGGGGCCCCAUGGAGGAGCAGCCGCCGCCGCCGCAGCCCGUCCGCCCGGUGGUGAGCACGGCCUUGUCUGGCAGCCCACACCCCGGCGCCCCCUCCGCGGCCGGCACGCCUGGCGGGACUUCCUCCGCGGCGACGGCGGCGGCCGUGCUCUCCUUCAGCACCACGGCGGCCGCGGCGCUGGGGAACCAGAGCGACGGGAGCGGGGGCGACAGCACUGGCAUCCCGGCUGGCGGCGGCCUUGGCGGGCGCGGGGCGCCGGGGGCAGCGGGGAGGCUGCCGCUGGGCCCCGAGGCGGCGCCGCUGUUGUCGCACGGGGCGGCAGUGGCGGCCCAGGCGCUCGUCCUCUUGCUCAUCUUCCUGCUGUCUAGCCUGGGCAACUGCGCCGUGAUGGGGGUGAUCGUGAAGCACAGGCAGCUCCGCACCGUCACCAACGCCUUCAUCCUGUCCCUGUCCCUGUCGGAUCUGCUCACGGCGCUGCUCUGCCUGCCCGCCGCCUUCCUGGACCUCUUUACGCCUCCCGGAGGCCCGGCGCCCGCCGCCGCCGCCGCCGCGGGACCCUGGCGCGGUUUCUGCGCCUCCAGCCGCUUCUUCAGCUCGUGCUUCGGCAUCGUGUCCACCCUCAGCGUGGCCCUCAUCUCGCUGGACCGCUACUGCGCCAUCGUGCGGCCGCCCCGGGAGAAGAUAGGGCGCCGCCGCGCGCUGCAGCUGCUGGCGGGCGCCUGGCUGGCCGCCCUGGGCUUCUCCUUGCCCUGGGAGCUGUUCCGCGCGCCCCAGGGGCCCCCGGCGGCGCAGAGCUUCCACGGUUGCCUGUACCGGACGUCCCCAGACCCAGCGCAGCUGGGCGCGGCCUACAGCGUGGGGUUGGUGGUGGCCUGCUACCUGCUGCCCUUCCUGCUCAUGUGCUUCUGCCACUACCACAUCUGCAAGACCGUGCGCCUGUCCGACCUGCGGGUGCGGCCCCUGACCACUUACGCGCGCGUGCUGCGCUUCUUCAGCGACGUGCGCACCGCCACCACUGUGCUCAUCAUGAUUGUCUUCGUCAUCUGCUGCUGGGGGCCCUACUGCUUCCUGGUGCUGCUGGCCGCGGCCCGGCAGGCCCAGGCCACGCAGGCCCCCUCGUUCCUCAACGUGGUGGCCGUCUGGCUGACCUGGGCCAAUGGGGCCAUCAACCCUGUCAUCUACGCCAUUCGCAACCCCAACAUUUCGAUGCUCCUAGGACGCAGCCGAGAAGAGGGCUACCGGACUAGGAAUGUGGACGCUUUCCUGCCCAACCAGGGCCGGGCUCUGCAGGCCAGAAGCCGUAAUCGCCUUCGAAAUCGCUGUACCAACCGCCUGGGGGCCUGCAGCCGGACGUCCUCUUCCAAGCCGACCAGCGCUAUGGGAGGGGAUGUGGCCAUGUGGGCUCGCAAAAAUCCUGUUGUGCUUUUCUGCCGAGAGGGGCCACCAGAGGCUGUGACAGCAGCGGCCAAACAGCCUAAAUCUGUACCCGGGGAUACCAGUCUCUAAGAAGGGUUGGGCUGCACAGCUUGUGAAGGCAAAUUUUCACCCACUUCGUUUAAAACACAGGAUUCCGGGAAGAAUCGUGUAUUUCCUAAAACGAAACUAAAAGAGACAGAGAGGAAGGCUUACCACUUCCCCCCAAAAACAUACACAAUUUCCCUUCCUUCAGAAGUGCCCAAAGGAAUGUAAAAUGCAGAAAUUAAAACAAUCUUAAACCACACAACCAAGCAUUGUGAACUGUAAGUGCCAAAAGUGACAAAAAUAAAAUUCACAAUUACUGAAUAGCUAAUAUUACAGGACUCACACUGUGAAACAAACAAACAAUUAUUAAAUGCAAGUGGUAUUUGUUCAAAUAUGUAGUUCCAGGAAAGAAUGGAGACCUUAAAAAUUGCUUGAAGUCCCCUCUAAAUCACCAGCAUUCCACAGAACUUCAGAUUUCUAGAACUUGCACCUCUAACACAUGCUUUGGGUGCUUAAGUUAGGAGUAUAAAUUCUUAUCCUUACUUUGGUGCGUUUCCUCCC